UUUUCACAAAACGCCAAGGACCGAAACGAAAGAGGUUGCCACUUUUCUUCUUUCAACCAGCCUCCACUGAACAUUAUAGGGAAAGUAUUGUCAUCAUAAAGAACUGCAAAUUGUAUUUGAUACAUUUCUGUUUUGCCGUUAAUUAUUUGAAGCCAGGCAGGCACACUCUAUUGAUAUGAACUCAAACCAACUUUCAAAAAGCGAAACAAACGGUGAGAGGAAGCCCGCUACAAUACCGCUUACCUUGAAUGCAUCGGCUACUGCACCAGAUACACUAAGCGAGACAAAUCCGACUUUCACAAACCAGAAUUUAAGCGAAAACGGACGAAAUAAAUCAAACGAUGGAUAUCCCAGCGCGCGAGAAAACAUGCAUGUUGCUGGUCUCGCAGACGUGGUGCUUCAGGAACCGACUGGUUUGGCGCCAGGGUUUAGUCCAUCUACUAGUUCCUUUGUUGUUGGCCGCUUUUUCCAGUCGGGCAUGUCAGAAUUGUUCGAUUUGGCAAACUUUCCCACCUCUGAUGAGAAAAUGAAGACCAAGGACGCACUUCUACGAUACUUUUUGCAUCGUAGUCAAUUGCCGCAAUCCUCCCCGGAGAAUCGAAUAGAAAAAGAAAUGGAUAUUUUGCAGCGAUCGGAAGGAGGAGUAGAGGAACCCCUCCCUAGCAGACGAUUCGCGACAAGCUCGAAUAAGCAUGCCAUAGCUUCAGCAAGGAACAAUGAUUUUUUGAAGGGUCCUGCAUCGAAAUCAUUUGCGGAAUUACUGGAGGCAAUUCAACUAAAGAAGCCGCCCAGAUCAUUGUAUCACGGUGAUGCGUUCCGCUCAGGAUAUUCAUCGAUUUCACUCGAUCAAGUUGAAGCCGCAACGCGUGCACGACACAAAUCGUUAAUCUCCAACCAUUCACAUGAAAGGCCAUCGAGAACAGUUCAUUCUUUUUCGUUGCAAUUUAACGAGGUAUCAAUUGCCUCGAUAGCCAAUUGGGGGAAAAACAAACAACAUAAUUCAAUCACUGUUUCGGAAAAGAGUCGUGCUGCAAGGCGACGCUACUUCACUGUGGAUUCCAAAUUUCGAAAGUGCGGAAUUUGUUAUCGAUGGGGUCAUUACGAGCUCGAAUGCACUUCUCAGACAGAAGAUCGAUCGACGGUUUUCGGUCAAGAAGUGACGAGUAUCCGCUCUCAGCCGUUGGAUCAACAAAAAAAAGAUGUGGCCAUCGCUUGGAAGCAGGAGUACGAAGCGGUGGUCGAGAAUUGCAAUGGAUACUUCAUUGAGCAACAGAAGCAGCGCCCAAAGAAGCCAGCGAAGAGAAAAAUGCAGAACGCAAAAAAAAGAGGCAGCUCUUUCGACAAAACGUUUAUGGACGGAAUUGUCAUAAAAGCGACGGGUCCUUCGAAACUUCACGAUUUGAGUCCUCUACAGCAAGGGGAGGUUGUAGCUUGGAUGACCGACGAAAAAUCUAUGUCAGACCAGAAAUAUGUGAAUGCUGGAGUUGUUGUUCGCACAAAUAUAAACACUGGCCGGGUACUUCUUCGAUUUAUUGACACAAUUGCGCCAUCUCCCGAUUCGACUUGUCUCGUGCGCAACGAAGGCACUUCGCUCUGGAUUGCCCUCGAUGCUCUUCAUCGCAUCGAACCUGACUUUGAUACAGCUAGAUUAGGGAAGAAACAGAGAAAGAAAGGAUCUCGCAAACUUAAGCCAGCCAGAAAGGCAAUGACUUGGAAGAAGACUUAUCGCCGAAAGAAUCAAUCUAAGCUCAAUGCAAACGGUGACGGUACCAUGAAUCCUCGAAUUACACCUCGCAAGCGUAGUGACGGAACCUACGUAGCGCCCCGAGGAAGGCGACCGGAGGGGUUUGAAUGGGAGGAAAACAGAGGGCUCUGGAUAAGUUCGCAAUUGUAG